AUUUCUAUUUUUUAAAUUUAUUUUUUUUAUAAAUUCAGAAUGCCCAAUUACAAAAGAAGAAAACCAAUGAUGAAGAUCCGAAUGAGAGAUUGGUUGACCAAUUUAUUAGACAGCAAAAGUAUUCCAGGCCUUGAGUGGCUAGACAAGAAUAAACAGAUAUUCCGGAUUCCUUGGAAGCAUGGAUCUCGUCAGACCUGGAAAGUAGACGAUGCUGAUUUGUUCGUGAGGUGGGCAGAACAUGGAGGUAAAUACAACCAAACGCUAGGGAACCCAAACACAAAAAGGUACAAAGCCACUUUCCGGUGUGCACUAAACAGUUUACCAGACUGUGAAGAGCUGAAAAAAGAAAGUAGAAAAAGUGGUUUAAAUGCUUUCAAAGUUUACCAAUUCAAAGACGAGUACAAAAGAAAACGCUCGAAACACCAAGAACAUUCUGAUGACGAUUCUUUAAAGAGUUUUUCAGAGUCCAGUGACAUGAGCUCACCAAAAAGAGAAAGUUCCACAUCGAGUGAUGAAGAAUAUCAUCGAGUAUCACAACAAUUUCAUGAUCAACAAAGUGGCGGCGUCUGCUACAGAACAUACGCAGAAACUCCACAAUUUAAAACAGAAGACGGAAGUGCCCAACAAAUAUUCAACACAAUGAUGGGAUAUCAAGUGCUGCAGCCCGGAUACUUCCACCCUCUCUUCUGUAAUGUGAGUAAUCAUGAAGAAAUUGAGAACCACCAUUUACUUGACUGUGAGGAGAUUGGGAAUUUUACGCUCCUCAGAUAAAGAAUUGUCUCUUGUGUAUAUAAACUAUCGAAUGACUUUUAAACUUGUAAAUUCAUAUCAUUUUCCUGCUCUUCCUCCAUCUCCUCUUUUCUAUUGUCUGAAAUAAAAAAAAACAAAAAAAAAUAAAAACUUGUUGACCAUUGA